AUGAAACGUAAUCCCCGCAAGCUCAAGUGGACAAAGGCCUAUCGCAAGAACGCCGGCAAGGAAAUGGUUGUCGACAGCACCCUCCUCUUCGGCGCCCGCCUCAACGAACCCGUCCGCUACAACCGCGACCUCGUCCAAAAGACGCUGGGUGCCAUGCAGCGCAUCAGCGAGAUCCGUGCCCGCCGCGAACGUGUCUUCUACAAGAAACGCAUGGCUGGCAAGCGCCAGCGCGAACUCGCCGCCGCACGCGAGCUGGUGGCCAAAAACGAACACCUGCUACCCCGCAUGCGUGGCAGCGAGAAGCGCCGUCUCGAGGAACUGGCUGCCGAACAGGACCUCGAUGUGGAGGAGCUGGCCGCUGAGCACCUGCAGAAGGCCAAGAACGACAACAAACUGUUUGGGAGCGAGAAGAAGAGACUCAGAGUACGGGUUGACGGAGGGAUUCAGCGUGAUGGAGUUGAUGAAAUGGACGUGGAUUAA